AACGCCAAAACGAAAACAACAGAACAUGGGACUAUCAAAAAUGUUCCAGAACGACUGAUUUACGAACAAUUAUCGUAACAUUUGACUGCUAAGUAUUUUCUCCACAUAUUCAGUUUAAGAACAUUAUAAAAACGUUAUGUAAAAUGAGAACAUUGUUCAACUUUGUCGAUGCUGAGGAAAAUAUAGCAUUUUAGGUUGUUUGGAUGGGUUAUAAUUAUCCCUGAGUCCCUUAAUCGCAUUUUUUUUUAUCGUCCGUUUAGCCCAUGGAGCUAUAAAACAGGUUUAACCACGAACUCUGUAUGAUGCGGUAAUGGGUGGGUUUAAAGAUGCAUACCAAGAUGUCCAGCCUGUAACUCUUCGACUUGCAGAGGAGAAUGUCAUUUCCAGCCUCUACUGCAGCUCAGCAGAGGGCAUUGAAGCUCAUGCAUCCACUUUGGUGGAAGCUUUCUUGGUUGAAGUAUACAGAUGUAGAGUCUGUCAAUUUACCAGCAGCCAAAAAGCCAGAAUUAGCCAUCAUGUCAUGGAAAGACAUGAUCCAGCAUCUCCAUGCCCCCAUCUACCCUGCCUGGAGAAAGAGGACGAAGAGAGUUUGGAUGUGGGAAUGAGGGUUGAUGAUGAAGUAGAGGAUGACCAAAAUAACUCUCCCUACGACCUGGAAAGGCACCUUCAUUCUGGCUCAAAAAGCAAUGAGGAUCAGAUGGAUAUGGAGCGCAUGUCUUUUCUUCUUCCGAUGUAUGGCAUGUUUCAGAACAUCAGCCCACAGUCAUGUGACAUCAGCCUGGGCUCCAACUCUGAUGGCAACCUGCAUGUGGCACAGACUUGUGAGGUGAGCACACUAUUUGAGGAGGAGAGGCAAGAUGAAGACAGUGAGGAGGAGCCUGUGUUUCAGCUGAAGGAUGCUAGCACGGAUCUGGCUGUCUCUUUGAACAGUGGAAUGGACACACAUGUCCAAGAAGAGGAGAUGGCCCAGUCAGCACAUCUAAUGACUCUUGGACUGUGCAGAAUCUCCAGCACAAAGUGUCCUCCCCUGUCUGCAAGUUCAGCAGAAAAACUGUCCCAUCCAUCAGGUGAGCAUGACGCUGCAGAUAACAGCAUGGACGUUAGACAGCCUCUGCUGUCAGUUGAUGAAAUGCAGAAGCCUUCAGAGGAGGAUGGUGAUGGGUCCUGCAUCCUCUGCCAAACAGUUGCAUCCAGUCGUAGCAUGCUAGAAGUGCACCUGAAAUGCCACAAUGGAGACCAAGGCUUCAGAUGCCCUCGCUGUGGCUGGGAGUCAGAAGAGUGGGUUGAUAUGGAGCAGCAUUGGAGGGGACAUGGAAAGAGAAAAGGCUCUAAGACACAUAAAUGUAGUGUUUGUCCAAAGACAUUUAGGAGAGCUGAUUCCCGUGAUGCUCAUGAAGAAAGGCACAAUCAACGCCGUCACUGUCGAUCUGAAUCAGCCCCACUAGAACAGUGCUCUUUUUGCCUGGAAUGGUGUCGUUUGGGGAAGGAGUGGGAGAUACACCAACAAUGUCAUUUUCAAGGAGGGUUUAAAUGUUUACACUGUGAUUUUACAGAGAAGUCAUGGAAGAAGACCCUAAAACAUAUUCACACUCAACACAAACAUGGUAAUACAAAUCAAGAGAAACAGGUUGUUCAUAGUAUAGAACACCAUCAACUUAACACACAGACAUCCACCAAGUACCCAGAAUGCCUCAGAAAGAUGAAGCCAGAGUCAUGGUGCCAGGUUAGGAAGAAAAAAGUGAAAAACAGGGUUGUAGGAACGGAGAAUGGCAAUGAAGGACAAGGGAAGGACAAACUGGGACGCUUGAAGGGUGAGACACCUUCCGGACUCACUGUUUCCCGAAGGAAAGAGUUCUGCUGCAACCUCUGUGAUAAGAAGUUUUCAACCAAGUUGACAAUGCGUCGCCACAUGGGGAUUCAUCAGGGUGACAAGCCAUUUAAGUGUCCACACUGCCACUACUGCACUCGUCUCAAAGCUUCACUCAUACAGCACCUCCGCGUCCAUACAGGUGAAAAGCCAUACAAGUGUUCUCAGUGCUCCUAUGCAUCUAUUGAUAGUAGCUCUUUGCGCCGACACUCAAGAACGCACACACAAGAAAAGCCUUACUGCUGCCAGUACUGUCCUUACAGCAGCAUCCAAAAGAAAAGCUUAGACCUCCAUUCACGGCGUCAUCACACAGGAGAGUCCUUCCCCUGUCACCUGUGCCAGUAUUCAACACCAGACCGCCAGCUGUUGGUGCGACACAUAAGGAAACAUCACAGUGCGGAGCAGCCCGGCACACUGGGCCAGAGGAACAACUCGUGUUCGAACUCCCAAACUGCACCUUCUCAAAGAGCAAGGACAUCCAAAUGAUAUUUAUGAUUCUAAUAAAACUUUAUUUUUUUUUAAUCCUUUGUCCUUGAUAGUUUUCUUUUCUUGAUGCUAUUUUAUCAUGACAAAGCCAAGUAUUUAGUGUUUUCCUAAUUUCCCAAAUGCAUUUGUUUUGGUCAGAUCAAAAUGUUGUGGCCCUACUUUGAUGCAGUGAUUUUUAUUAACCAUUGGCAUUUAAAUAUUAUGAUAUGGCUGUAAAUUAGAAGAGAUCACCUCAUUUUCGUAGUAUCUGAGGUCAUGGUAUAAUAAGUUAGGUUGAAUGUAGGUGAAUGUAAUUUACCCUUUUUGUAGGCUGUUAUUUAUAGCUUUAAAAUAGUAACUGAUUAAAGGAUUGACCCAUGAUGCAGCAAGCCUGCACUUAAAAUGACAAUCAAAUCCCACUACCAGUCCAAUAGAAACUGGAUUAUACCACCUGUUGCUCAAUUUAUGAAAAAGGAGACAAAUUACCCAUUAAUAGAGAAGGUAUUUUAUCAUAUAUUAUAUAUUUUUUUAAGAUAUAAAUGAUUUUUUACAACUAUUCUUUAGUUCUGAAUACAUUAACAUCUUUAGUUUGAGAUUAGUGAGAAGGAAACAUUGGCAAAGCUGCAGCUCGUCCAUUAGAUACAGUUGACUGAUUCUUGGUCCUGUGAGAGAGUUUACAGAGUGCACAUAAAUGGGGCUUUUAGAGCAUAUUAUAAGGAGAAGACAAAUGCGGACAAGUUUGGAGUACUUCUGUGGGAGGAACUCGUAUCACAUACUACGAUUUGCGAACUUCUAUUAGUUAAACGCAAGAACAUUUGCAUUCUAAGAGGCCGUUCACAACGAACGCGUUUUUUCCCCCAAUCGUUUUUCUUUGUAAACACGUGCUAGACGGACGUCUUUGACCGUUGAGGCGCGUAUCGUCCAACAUUAAGAACGUGCAUCGAGACAGCAGCGUUUUGUUCUAUACACUUGCGUUCUGUUCCACUCGUUUCGCUCGGUUCGUGUUCGGUGUGAACGGCCUAAGUGCGGUGAAUGAUUUGCCGAUUUAUUUUUAUUUUUCACUUUUGCAGAGGAAUAUUUCGACUUUUACUUUAAAAAAAAAAAAAAAAAAAAAAAAGUGCGUUUAAACUUUUUAUCGGAAAAUUAAUUAAUUUAUGAGAAUUGACCGUUAUGGCAGGUGUUGAUAUGGAACGUUUUCCUGAUCGGCGUGUAAAUGACUGUUGGGUGGUUGGACUCGAGCUCUUCGCUGUUGGUCCUGGUGGAGAAGAGGAAGAGUUUUUUGAAAUAAGGACUGAAUGGUCUGAAAAAAGCAUAACGUAUCUGCGAAGGCGAUGUCAUGAUCUAGUGAAACUUGCUGAUGAUUUGAGGAAAUCAUUUCCAGUGGACAGAGGGAGUUUCUUUGAAUCAUUGAUGCUUGAGGGUAUGACAUUUGUGUCUUUCAUCGAUUCCAUUAAUUUGACUGACAGUGACCAUUUCACUGAUUGUAGAUUUUGUAAUUUGUAUGUGUUUUUAUUUUUAUCAGCACUAAAGAAGAUAAAAGAAGCAGAGGAAAGCAAUGACAUUAAAGCGAGGUUGGAUGAGGUGGAAAAAUUAUUAAGGAGUAUAAUCAAACUGCCACAAAAGUACUCCCAGUCUGAGGCAGUUCUUACAUUUUUCAAGACUUCUCCUCUUGACUACACUUUGAAAACCAUGUAUGAACCAAUCGAGCAUCUCUACCAGAGUAAUGUCACUGUAUCAGAUGUCAGGAGGGCCAAUGGGUUUUGUUUGGCCAAUACAGAGACAGUCAUUUUUGAUGCAUAUUUACUAGAGGAAUUAGUAGAAUCAUCUUCUGUGCACUCUUCAAAAUACAGCUCUGAGAUUGAGGCCCGGACAUGGACAGGAAAAACAUUUCAAAAUGGGAUCAGACUUGACAAGGAAAUUGUGCACAAACCUCAAACGGACUCCAUGACCCCAGUUCUGACUUCUGGUGCCGAUGGAAGUAAAGAGGCAGACUGUCACCCUAAAAAAUCACAAAGCACCACCAGAAACCUGACUUACCUUCACCUACAAGCCUGUGAGACAGACAUCCUCGAAUGACAUGGGGAGAUGGAUCAUAGAAUUACAGUAAUAGUUUAAGACCCUGAUAUAGUCAUUCUUUCAGAAUUUCUAUUCUGAAAGCCUGCCAACAUGUUUAGGCAUAAACUUCCUUUUAUGAAAAGGAAUAAUUUUUAAGAAUAAGAUAAUUUUUUUGUUUUUUAUAGAAAAAAUUAUGAAAAGUCUAAAAUAUAUAUAAAGAUUUAUUUAAAAAUUAAGAAAAAUAAUAUGAUUGCUAAAGAUAUGAACAUAAAAAUAAACACAAAAUUAGCUCUGAUUAAUUGUCUAGCUCUCUUUUUUAACUUGUUACCAUUUUUUUUUUUUUUCAUUUUCAUAUGCUGGCAUGUACAAACCAUAUAAAAUGUUUUAUCUGAUGAGUGAACAGCUCAUUUAUUGUGUAUGAAGUCAAACAAUUGUGGAAGGUUUUGUUCACUCAUUAAACUCUCCACUCAAAAUAC